CAAGGAGAUGAUAGAAAGUGAUAUCCCGUCCAUAAUGUCAGGAAUCAUUAGGAAUUCAGGGCAAAAUCACCACCCUUCACAGGAGUACAGACUCUUAGCUUCUGACCCUUCCCAGCUGAGUGAAGAUGAUCUCCCCAGUGACUUACAGUCCUUGUCGUGGCUGACGUCUGUUGAUGUUCCUCGGUUACAACAGAUGGCCAGUGGAAGAAUGGAUUUUAGUCUUGGUGCCCAGAAUGCAAUGCUACAACAGACAGGUCCUGUGGCAAGCAAUAUGCACUCGACAGGAGCACCUGGAGCAAUGAUUCAUGUCCAGGCCAGCCUGCCACAGGGAAUCCUGGGACUGAAUUCUAUUUCAACACAUGGAGCAAAUAUGAGCCAGUAUGCUGUAGGUGGGCAGCCAUCUCCUGGUUUACAAACACAGCAACAACUCUUUCCUCCUCCUCAUUCACAGCAAGUGUUUGCCCUAGCACAGAACACACAACAGUGUAACCCAGCAGCAAUCUACAACACAUCCUAUGGGACUCAGCCACACUAUUCUCAGCCACGCCUGGCUCCUCACUCUGCCCAAGAACUGCAUCCAAAGCAUUACCCCAAGCCAAUCUAUUCAUAUAGUUGUUUGAUUGCAAUGGCGCUGAAGAACAGCAAGACAGGCAGUCUCCCAGUGAGCGAGAUCUACAGCUUCAUGAAGGAGCACUUUCCCUACUUCAGGACAGCCCCUGAUGGCUGGAAGAACUCUGUGCGCCAUAACCUGUCUCUGAAUAAGUGUUUUGAGAAGGUGGAGAACAAGGUGAGUGGCACCUCUCGCAAAGGGUGCCUGUGGGCUCUCAAUCCUGCCAAGAUCGACAAGAUGGAAGAGGAGAUGCAGAAGUGGAAGCGGAAGGACUUAGCUGCUAUUCACAGGAGCAUGGCUAACCCAGAGGAGCUAGACAAGCUGAUCACUGACAGACCUGAGAACUGCAGGCGGGCCAGCAAACAGGCAGAGUCUGAGGUCUCCACCCUGAACCACAUGGCAGCAGCCCAAGGCCGAAUCUCCAUCUCCCAGCUGCAGCCUCAGCCGAUCAUGACACUCUCACUACAGUCCAUCCCCCUGCAUCACCAGAUCCAGACCCAGGCUCGCAUCGCCCCAGACUCACCAGCACCAGCACAAACGCCUCCUCUCCAUACUCUGCCUGACAUGAGCCACAGCCCUCUUCCCCACCAUCCCAUGGGACGUGCACCUCCGGACUUCCUGAACAUGACAGCAGACAUGAACACUGAGGUGGAUGCUCUUGACCCAAGCAUUAUGGAUUUUGCAUUGCAAGGUAACAUAUGGGAGGAAAUGAAAGACGACAGCUUCAGCCUUGAUACCUUGGGUGCCUUCAGCAACUCCCCGCUCCACCUCUCAGACUGUGACCUGGGCACCCCUGGCCUCACCCCUGUCUCCAGUGGCAGCGAUCACUCCUUCUCAGACUUGCAGGUCACCGGCCUUUAUACCACUUACACGACACUGGACAACGUAGCGGCAGCUCAGUACAUGAACACCCAAGGCAACAAACCCAUCGCUCUGCUCUGAGUUUUGCACCGUUCCAUGGACCUCUGACUCAGGGGCCAGUUUCUCCCAACUGUUAAAAUCCGACCUGAAAGGAAUAAAAGAGCUCCUCCUGCAGACACGUGGAACGUGAUGGCUAUUUACUGGGACACAGCAUGUGAUGCCAAAACAAAUCAACCUGUUGCUAGUAGAACCACUUUCACCCAAGGCAAGACUGAGGAAUGGGCACGGAGACUUGUGUUGCAGGACUGGUGAGCUCUUAAGAAGGACCUGGAAGGCAUCAGUCAGCAGGAACUUUCACUAGAAUGUAACUGAGCUAAGAAUAGUCCAGUUAAGGUAAACACAUUUAAUUGACACUGUGACCUGGAUUUACAUGCGGAUGCUGUUGGGUCACCACCUACGCAGAAGCCAAUACAAGUCAACGGGCUGGUCAGCACCAAGUUGGAGUCCAAAAUGGUUGAUGAUGUACCAUCCUUUUUUUUCUUAAAUUGCCAAAUAACUAUUGCCAUUGAACAAAGACCACAGGCAGUUUAUGGAGAGACUUGCACCACUAACACUGUUCUGACAUAACUAUUGUUAAUUUAUUGUUAUGAGGUAGGAAAAAUGGAGCAAAAAUACUAAAAAUGAAAAGUCAAACCCGUAGCAGGCAACUGUUACAUCUAGGUUUAAAAACAAAGUCCUUACCCCGUGAAGGAAGCAGUACUGCUGAAUUAUUAAACUGAUCGCUGGCUAGAAGAUUUUAGGAAUUGUGCCUAUUUUUAGGGUUUUUUAAAAGAAGAUU